GCUCAGUGAGACUAAAUAUGACUCCAGCCUCAUUUGUGAGAAAUCACUAUGCUGGCUCCGUAUUUCUCCGGGAAGGAAUGUCAUCUCACUGACAAUUACUGAUUCAAAACAGUUGUGGGUUGCGAAAGAGAAAGUUCGAUUGGAUUGUUAAGUAUCGUGAAUAUUUUAUAAUUAACAAGUAAUUAACGUUCGGGUUGCGGCAGCUUACUGUACACAGUUCUGGGAUUAAUCUGUUGCAUUUGAGGUUAUUUAGGCAGCUUGUGUAACGGUAUCGCGGAUUAAUUUUUGCGCUGCUGAGGUGUUUCGCAAAAGAGAUAAAAAUUUACAAAUCGUUUCGCUUGAAAAGGAAGAAAUCUUUUAACGAAAGGAAAAUGCCAGCGGUUGUCAUUGGCCCACCCCAACGAAGCGAACAAAUGUGGCAAGCCCUUAAGGUGCACAUUACCAGGGAAAGGCAACGGAAGAAACAAGAGCAGGAAGCGGAUGCAGAGGAAGAACGGCAAAGAAAAGAAAGAGAACGUCAGCAGAAGCAGGAUGUCAUGACGUUAGGGGAGACCCGUGAACAAAUAUCCAAUUUAGAAAAUGAAUUGUCACAGCUGAAGGAUGAGAAACAUCAGUUGUUUUUACAACUAAAGAAAGUCUUAAACGAAGAUGACAACCGAAGGCGGCUCAUCAAAGAAACAAGCGUCUGCUCUGAAGUUUUGACGACCGUGGGUGGAUAUCCUGGAACUGGUACCAGCGUGGUACAUCCCCAAUUGUUCCUACCUUUGCCAACGCGUAGUCCUUUAUAUAAAGUAACUGCUGCUACUCCGACACAUACUCUUCUGCCAAGUGGGCCUUUAAAGAGAGCACACACUCCAUCGCCACCACCGACGGCAUCACCUUAUCAUGCCGGUUAUGGUUACAAACCUCCUCCGAAUAUGCCCAGCUACAAUCCACCCCCUGCAAAUGAUUGUAUUUUUACAGAAUCCGAGGAGGCUGCCAGGAGAUCUGGCGAUUCCCGAGCCGUCCUCUGGAAUAAGAACAAUCAGUACCCCACAUCGAGCUUCUAUUCAACACCUACUGGCCAAAGUGUUUAUAGUUACACAACUCCGUCCACUCAACAAACCAGAGAGCCAGAACCAACUAAAUUGACGUAUCUGUCAGUGAGUCGAGAUUCACUGACUGCCCGAGAGCCAGAACCAGCUAAGCCUACUUACUUAUCGGUCAACAGAGCUACAUUGUCUACGCAUCAAGGAGCAUAUGUUACCAGCUUGCAUUCACUGGAUCAUAAGGGUGCUUAUUCAGAAGAUAAAUUCUACCUUCGUCCCAGCAGUCACGUUACAGUCCAUGGAGGUGCAAUACCAAUCCAGCAGCCGCCACAGGGCGCUAAAACUGGAGGAAUCACUUCGGGGUAUCCAAUUAGGGCAUCUCAACCACCGCCUGGUCCAUACCCACCGCCUCCGACAGGAACAUAUGUCAGUGCUUCUGCUGCAAAUGUUCCGGGUAGGUUAUUGUAUACUCAACCAAGAGCACGUUAUCUUCAACGCGAGGUGUAAAUAUUUAGAACUUGUGGAACUGUAUUAUUUUCUACGGAUAUUGCGUAUAAUUAAAUUGUAUAUUGGAACUGCAUCAGCUAGGCUGAGUAACCGGUGAAUAAUGUAGGACUAUUUACAUAACUAUUGGAAAAUGUAAUUGUAUCGUAAUGGACCUUUAAUGCCUA